CUUGUGUGCCCGUCACACACAAUCCCCCCAAUUACAUAAACACAGCGCAGUGAAUUGAAGUCAGUUCCGUUCCGUUCUCUGCAAUUUUUGUCCUCAUCUGCUGAUCUGUUUUUGCUGAUUGAUUGAUAGGCGUAAAAAGGGGAGAAUUGUUUAAUCGCGGAGAGACAAAUAAUGGGGUUUCUUUAUCGAUUGGCGUUUUUAUGGAUUCCGCGUUGGAGUGAUUUGACGACAGUUGGGUUCUAUUGAGAAUAGCGUGUUCUUCUCCUCCUCGUAUAUUGUCUGCGCUUCAAUAAAAGGUUUGCUUAUCUAAAUAUUUUGGAUUCCUAAUUUGGAAUUUUUGGGUGGAGACUCAUUUUCAGGUUUUAUUAAAUCGGAUAACUCCUGAUUUAGGGUUUCUGUUGCAUGUUAAUGGGCUGUUGAUGUAAUUCGAAUUAGCCUGCUAUUGAUUGGUGAGAGAUCAAGGAUUUUCCUUUAAUCAGUGAAGACCUUGUGUGGUCAACUUGUUAAGGGAUUUUGGAUCAGAGUCAAUAUUUUAAGGGAUUUUUGGGAUCAGGAAUUGGAUAUGAGCUUUGUUAGAGACUGAGAUUAUAGAAAUGAGAGGCGCAGAAGGUCUGUUUUGUCGAUGGAUAGGACAUUCCUUGAUCUGGUGGGGCUGCUGAAAUCGUGGAUCCCUCAGCGGGAGUCUUCUGCUAACGUGUCGAGGGAUUUUUGGAUGCCCGACCACAGCUGUAGGGUGUGUUAUGAGUGUGAUUCUUUGUUCACAUUGUUUAACCGUAGGCAUCACUGUCGACUUUGUGGACGUGUAUUCUGUGCCAAGUGCACAUCUAACUCCGUUCCUGCACCACCCCGUGAGCCAAGGUCAGUACAAGAGGAGUGUGAAAAGGUCAGGGUCUGUCAUUUCUGCUUCAAGCAAUGGGAGCAAGGUUUUAAUCAUGCUAUUCGCAACCUGGAUUCCAGUACUUUCCUUUCCGCAACUAGUUUUAUCAGCAUCAAAUCUAGUGGAACUGGUGACAGUAGUAGCAUUACCAUUACUUCAGUGCCACAUUCUUCUGUGCUUAGUCCACGCCAAGCAGCAGUAAUGGAAUCUUCUUUGGAGAGGCUAAGUGUUGCUACAGCAAAAGGGAGCAGUGAUCCUGUUGAUACAGGGGUCCGGGAUCUGUCCACAAACCAAUUUUCAUUUUGCACAACAAGGAGUGAUGAUGAAGAUGAUGAGUAUGGUGUUUACCAGUUAAAUUCCCAAGGAAAGUUUUAUCCUCAGACUAAUGGCUACUAUGGUCAUGUUCACUAUGAUGACAUUGAUAAGGACUGUGGAUCACGUAAAGUUCAUCUUAAUGGGGAAGCUGUUGAUGAAAAAUGUGUGAACAGCUUGUCCUUGCAGAACAAUUUUGAUUCCCAAGCUUCUGAAGAAGUGCUGCAGACAGUAAAACAGGAUAUUAGUGAUGAAUGUGAAACUUCAUCAUCCCUAUAUGCUGCGCAAGAUGUUAAUCUGGAACCUGUUGAUUUUGAAAGCAGUGGAAUUCUGUGGCUCCCACCUGAACCAGAAGACGAAGAAGAUGAACGGGACGGACUGUUGUUUGAUGAUGAUGAUGAUGGAGACACUGCAGGAGAGUGGGGAUAUCUGCAUACAUCAAGCAGUUUUGGAAGUGGUGAGUAUAGAGGUAGGGACAGAUCGACUGAAGGGCAAAAGAAAGCAGUCAAGAAUGUUGUUGAUGGCCACUUCAGGGCUUUAGUAUCCCAGCUUAUGCAGGUUGAAAAACUUGCCAUUGGUGAGGAAGAUGACAAAGAGAGUUGGUUGGAGAUUGUUACAUCCCUAUCAUGGGAAGCUGCCACACAUUUGAAGCCAGAUACAAGCAAAGGUGGGGGAAUGGACCCUGGGGGAUAUGUAAAGGUGAAGUGUGUUGCAUCUGGGCGUCGUAGUGACAGUGCUGUGGUGAAAGGGGUUGUCUGCAAGAAAAAUGUGGCUCAUCGGCGAAUGACAUCAAAAAUAGAGAAACCCCGCAUAUUAAUCCUUGAAGGCGCUCUUGAGUACCAACGAGUCUCCAACCUCUUAUCAAGUUUCGAUACAUUGUUGCAGCAGGAAAUGGAUCAUCUGAAGAUGGCUGUUGCUAAAAUUGAUGCACACAAUCCAGAUGUCCUUCUGGUGGAAAAAUCUGUUUCUCGCUAUGCACAAGAGUACCUCUUGGAAAAAGACAUAUCACUUGUCCUAAAUAUCAAAAAGCCAGUUCUGGAGCGUAUAGCUCGCUGCACUGGUGGUCAAAUAGUACCUUCAAUAGACCAAAUUUCAUCUCAAAAGUUAGGAUACUGUGACAUGUUUCACGUUGAGAAGUUUCUAGAAGAACAUGGUACAGCUGGAGAGAGUGGAAAGAAACUGGUAAAGACGCUGAUGUACUUUGAAGGCUGUCCAAAGCCACUGGGAUGCACCGUAUUACUCCGUGGUGCAAAUGGGGAUGAGUUGAAGAAAGUGAAACGUGUGGUUCAAUAUUCUAUUUUCGCUGCUUAUCAUUUGGCUUUAGAAACAUCCUUUCUUGCUGAUGAAGGAGCCUCUCUUCCUGAACUUCCUUUGAAUUCUCCGAUAACAGUUGCACUGCCAGAUAAACCAUCAACAUUCGACAGGUCCAUCUCAACUAUUCCUGGUUUUACGAUUCCUGCCAUUGAAAAAACUCAAGGGCCGCUAUCUGGUAGCGAGCCACAAAGGUCAAAGAGUGUUCCGGCAGCAGACUUGGUCAAGGCUGCCAGCAUUUGUGCUCAGAAAAUGUGUGUCUCAGAGUUUCCAGGCUUCUGUACCACUAAAAGCACACUUUCUUCCUUCUGCAAGCCCUUUCUUUAUAGUGAGUCUCACAGAGGUAUUAUGGAUAUGAUGGAGUGUUCUCGGGCAAAGGCAUCAGUAGUCAACGAUGUCCAAGAUACCCAAGGAUACAAGUUCCUUUCUACUGGUUUUGAUCCUUCACAGGAAGUUGAACAAGACAUGUUGUCACAGAAUGUUCAAAAUGAUUUCAAUGCUAUGGAUGUGAACCAAAGUGGUUCGCAACUAGAUGGGAAAAAUGGUCCUGAUGAACUGAAGUCUUCAAAGGAAGAGUUUCCGCCGUCUCCAUCUGACAAUCAAAGCAUUUUAGUUUCCUUAUCAUCCCGGUGUGUUUGGAAGGGAACUGUCUGUGAAAGGUCUCAUCUCUUUCGGAUUAAAUACUAUGGGAACUUUGAUAAGCCGUUGGGUCGUUUUCUACGAGACCAUUUGUUUGAUCACAGUUACAGGUGCCGUUCAUGUGAGAUGCCUUCAGAAGCGCAUGUUCAGUGUUAUACUCACCGACAGGGUACUCUAACUAUUUCUGUUAAAAAGCUGAUGGAAAUUCUUUUGCCUGGUGAAAAGGAAGGGAAAAUAUGGAUGUGGCACAGGUGCCUUAGAUGUCCACGGGAUAAUAAGGGCUUUCCUCCAGCAACUCGAAGAGUAGUGAUGUCUGAUGCUGCUUGGGGCUUGUCCUUUGGGAAGUUUCUAGAACUUAGUUUUUCAAACCAUGCAGCUGCAAGUAGGGUGGCAAGCUGUGGUCAUUCAUUACAUAGAGAUUGUCUUCGCUUUUACGGCUUUGGGAAGAUGGUUGCUUGCUUUCGCUAUGCAUCCAUUGAUGUUCACUCAGUAUACCUUCCUCCCUCAAAACUGGAUUUCUACUAUGAGAAUCAGGAAUGGAUACAACAAGAAGUUAAUGAGGUCAUUGGUCGAGCUGAACUUUUGUUUUCUGAUGUUCUGAAUGCGAUUCGGGUUUUGGUGGAGAAAAGAUCUGGGAGACAACUUAACAGACGUCAGAUUGCUGAUUUGGAAGGGAUGUUGCAGAAGGAGAAAGAAGAAUUUGAGGAAUCCCUCCAGAGAAUUCUUAUGAAGGAAGUGAAAAAGGGGCAGUCUGUUGAUAUUUUGGAGAUUAAUCGAUUGAGAAGACAGCUUCUUUUUCAAUCUUACGUUUGGGACCAUCGUCUAGUAUAUGCAGCCAGUUUGGAUGAAAAGACUCAUUGGAUUAAUGGAGAUGUGGCCUCUUCGGAACCUGAGAAACCGUUGAUUUGUAAUGAUAAGUUCACUGAUCUAGAUAAUCCCGCCGAUUCAAGCAAAUAUCCUAAUAACUCUGAAUCUGCAAAUUUCGAGGCUGGUGGAAAUACGGAUGAAGAAAAAAGUGUUAGCCAAAACAGUCAUGUGGAUUCUGUUCAUCAAGAAUCGGUGGUUGGUUUUGAUGCUAAUUGUGCAAUAGAAAAACCACCUGGUCUUCCUGUUGCAACAAAAAGUUUCUGCGGAACACAUCCUGCAGAAUCCAUAUUACAGGGGCGCAGAGCACUAUCCGAUGGGCAUUUCCCGAACAUGGAGAGCUUGUCAGAUACUCUUGAGGCAGCCUGGACUGGCGAAACAACUUCCACUGUUGGAAUGCUGAAGGCUGGUAUGGCGGAUACUUUGACAACUGGAGUGGCAGAAAAAGUAAAUACUGAAGACCAUGGGGAUGAAGAGAGUGGAACUAAGAUGUCUCAAUCUCCUCCUCUAUUAUCCUCUAAAGGCUCUGACAAUGUGGAAGACUCUGGGAGCUGGUUAGGUAUGCCUUUUAUUAGCUUCUAUAGGACACUGAACAAAAGCUUUUUACCAAGUGCUCAGAAAUUGGAUCCACUCGUUGGAUAUAAUCCAGUAUAUGUUUCUUCAUUUCGAGACUCAGAUGCCCGAAGUGGUGCAAGAUUGCUUCUGCCAGUUGGGGUUAGUGAUACUGUUAUACCAGUGUAUGAUGAUGAGCCCACUAGUAUUAUAUCUUAUGCACUAGCAUCACAUGAUUAUCAUGCUCAACUAUCCGAUGAACUUGAGAAAUCUAAGGAUGCUACUAUGGACUCAAACUUUUCAAUUCAGUCACUGGAUUCCGGUAAUCUGCAGUCCACUCAAUCAAUUGAUGAAAUGGUUUUAGAAUCCUACAGAAGUCUUGGAUCUAUGGAUGAGAGUAUCUUGUCCUUGUCCGUCAGUCGCAGCUCUUUGGAUUUGGAUCCACUCUCAUACGCAAAGACACUGCAUGCUAGAGUUUCUUUUGCAGAUGAUGGAUUGGUAGGGAAAGUGAAGUACACAGUGACUUGUUAUUAUGCAAAACGUUUUGAAGCCUUGAGGAGGAUAUGUUGUCCAUCGGAGAUGGAGUUCAUAAGAUCUCUUAGCCGCUGUAAGAAGUGGGGAGCCCAAGGAGGCAAGAGCAACGUUUUCUUUGCUAAAACUUUAGAUGAACGAUUUAUUAUCAAGCAAGUCACUAAGACAGAGCUGGAAUCUUUUAUGAAAUUUGCUCCUGAAUAUUUCAAAUAUCUUUCUGAAUCAAUUAGCACAGGGAGUCCAACUUGCUUGGCAAAAGUUGUGGGGAUCUAUCAGGUGUCGUCAAAGCAUCUUAAAGGAGGAAAGGAAUCCAAAAUGGAUGUGCUUGUUAUGGAGAACCUUCUAUUUGGGAGGAACCUGACGAGGCUUUAUGACCUGAAAGGUUCUGCGAGGUCUCGUUACAAUCCCGACUCCAGCGGAAGCAACAAAGUCUUGCUGGAUCAGAACUUGAUUGAAGCAAUGCCAACUUCACCUAUUUUUGUUGGAAACAAAGCAAAAAGACUUUUGGAGCGAGCCGUCUGGAAUGACACUGCUUUUCUUGCCUCAGUUGAUGUGAUGGAUUACUCACUAUUGGUCGGGGUUGAUGAAGAGAAGCAUGAGCUUGUUCUUGGGAUUAUUGACUUCAUGAGACAAUAUACGUGGGAUAAGCACCUGGAGACAUGGGUUAAGGCCUCUGGGAUCCUGGGUGGACCCAAAAAUGAGUCGCCCACUAUAAUCUCACCUAAGCAGUACAAAAAGAGGUUUCGCAAGGCCAUGACCACCUAUUUUCUCAUGGUCCCAGAUCAAUGGUCACCACCGUCUAUCAUUCCCAGUAAAUCACAGACUGAUUUAUGUGAAGAGAACAUGCAAGGUGGAUGAUCUGCCGGGUGAUUUGUAAAUCUGUUUGUAUAUUGAGCACAUAAUUGGGUUUCUUGCAUUGGGAUCCCAGGUUCAUACAUCUCCUAUAUUUUCGAUUCCCAUUCUUUUGGAACGCAGUUCCAGUUGCAUUCUCCCUAAAGUGGGAGAACACAUGAUUUCUUGUCAGAGCACUUUGGAAGAGGCUUGUAUUUCAGUGAAAGUCUCUGUUGCAUAGAAUUUAGGUGGCCCUCCGUGGAAAUAUUUUUGUAAAUCAUUUUCUUUUCAGUACAAUUUCUUUGGGUGUAAAAUCCAAGGUAUACAUGAGUUCCGAAGGAUCAUUGGCAAUUUUAUACAAUGCAUGAUUUUGGAGCAGUUUAGCUGGUGUAGUUUCAAGUGUAUCGCGAUUCUUUCCUUUGUGUAAUUUCUGUAAUUGUCAUUUUGAAAGGUGAAUCUUUUUACCUAUC